AUGCCAUCUCUUCUCAGCGUAUGGUCCGCAGACUGGAUGCUGGACGAGCAAACCAAGGACAAGUCCUGGAACCUGCUCGAUAAAAAGACAGCUGAAAUACCGUUAAAAGAAGCUAUAGUUGUCGCGAGUGACCUCAACGAUCACGUGGGCGCUACGAAAGACGGUUUCAGCUCUCAUGCUGGUUUUGUGGGUCACGUAACACUGGUGGCAAGCGAAUCUUCGAAUAUCUCGCCAGACUCGCACAAUCAUAAUUGUAAACACGAAAUAUCGAAAACGUGA